GUCUGAUGAUUAUGACGGUCUGCCUGGACAACCCAAAAGGCUACAUCUGUAGGGUGCAAUGUGGUGAACUAAUGGAAGUUCCGGAUAAUGCAGAAAAUUUUCCUGACAUCCUCACAAUUCUCGCAUCUGUUCUGAUCAUAAAGGCUGUGGUUCAAGAGAUAAUAAAGACAGUUCAAGCAAAAAAACAAACAGUCAAAUCAUUUAAAAGGGCCGGGUUUCGAAAACGACCUCGAAACAAAAAUGAGCACCGAAUAUCUCCGUGUUUAUCAACUCCGAAGAAGAAGAAGGCUAAA